CAAGUGUUGGCGCCCAUUUCCGGCAUUGGUUCACAUGGUUGAAUCCAAUUUUAGCAAGCUCCUGCUGCCGAGAAAAAAAAAAUAUAGGUCUCUGUUCCGCAACGAUGGAUCAAAUACCGGCUGUUAUGGACAGACACCUGGACGUAAUUCAGCAUCGUAAAGAAGGUGGGAUUUUGUUGGGUGCUUCUAGCCUGACUGGUCGCUAUUGGUAUGGUUCUUUGUGGUUCUAUGAAAUAGCGGAACAUGGACCUGAUGUUGAAAAGUGUACUGCUGGUGUACAAUUGGAGGCUGGCAUUGACGAUGCCAUUUGGAUAGACCAGGAUAAAACUCUCAUCGGCUUAGACACAGGUGGCAUUGCAAUAUGGCAGCUGGUGGAUAACUAUAAGACCUUUGUACAAAUGUCUGCCUCUGUGGAACAUGAUAGUAUUGUAACUACUGUUAGUGCUUUUGCUGAUUCCAAAAAAGUGUUAUCUGCUAGUCAUGACAAAUCUGUCAAAAUCUGGGACCUUGAAACACUGAAUACAACCACAACUUAUCGAGCACAUUCCAGCAUAGUUUGGUCUGCACAAUGCCAUCCAACAGAAUCUGAACAGUUUGUUUCUUGUUCGCAGGAUGGGAGAGUGUUGUUUUGGGAUACAAGAAAAUCUCGUCCAGCCUCUAUCAUUGAUAAAUACCCACUGUCUUCAAACCCUACAGCAUGUGCAUGGCAACCAGGUGAGAAACAUAAAGUUGCUGUGGGAGAUGAGGAUGGUCGUAUCAUAGUUAAAGAUGUUCGUAAACUACAAGACAUGCCAGUUUCUUCAUAUAAACCUCAUUUCCGACCAGUACAUAGAUUGCAGUUUUCACCUCAAAACUCUAACAUAAUUGCUUCUAUAUCAGAAGAUUGCAGUCUAGUUGUUGGUUAUGUUGCUGAAAAUUCCAUUUGUCAGAUCUUCAAAAAUACUUCACAUCAAGAUUUUGUGCAAGGUCUGUCUUGGAGUUGCGGUACAGAAAUUUAUACAUGCGGUUGGGAUUCACUGGUAUUAACUCAUGAUCUUAGUAAACUAAAGGAAUUACAGCAGAUUAGUACUCUGAAAGUAGAAGUGAAUGGAAAUAAUCAAUUGAAAACUGAACGGUUUGAGAAAACUGAAUGUUGUGAAGAAAAAAUCUCUGUUUUAGCUCCAAGUGCCAUUGAAGCUAAUUAGAACAAAAUCUAUGGAGCACACAGUGUAAGAGAAGAUAAUCAAAGAAGACAGAACAAUAGAGUUCGGCAGUUAUUAACAGACAGAACUACUAGCUCAUAAGUAUUAGCUGGUCUCAUUACUAACGAUCUCUACACAUCAAUGAAAGGGGACACAAAUCUUUUCCCUUCCCAUUUAUGUAAAUCAACCUAGUACCAAUGAGCACAGAUCCAGUCCUCGGCUUAUUACGUUUAUGAAAACUGAUAAACUUGGGAUAAACAUGUCUCUGUCUUUUUAUUUCCUCUAUUAACCUGCACAUUUUAUAUUUCCAUUUCAGUUUUAAUACCUCUUGGUUAUAUAAAAGAAAAGUGUAAUAUUAUACUGCCUCUCAAUGUUGGUUUGUGUGAAUACUCCAGAUUUUGCUUCUUUCUAUAACAAAAUAUGGAGCUGGGAAAUAAAAAUUCACAUAUCACAUUUUA